GUUGAUCAACUGGGCGCAGCGAGAGUUUCGUGCACUUUUCCUCAGCAUGCCUCAGAAAGAUUACAGGAGUCAGAGCAGCUGGGAGACGGGCGUGGCCUCCAUCACACAGAACAAUCAUAGUGGAGUAAACCAGCUUGGAGGUGUGUUUGUGAACGGGAGGCCCUUACCUGAUUCUACCAGGCAGAAGAUCGUGGAGCUCGCCCACAGUGGAGCUCGGCCCUGUGACAUCUCCAGAAUCCUGCAGGUUUCAAAUGGCUGUGUGAGUAAGAUCUUGGGUCGAUAUUAUGAGACGGGUUCAAUCCGCCCUCGAGCCAUAGGAGGAAGUAAACCCAGGGUGGCGACUCCAGAUGUGGUGGGGAAGAUUGCUCAGUACAAGAGAGAGUGCCCGUCCAUUUUUGCCUGGGAGAUCAGGGAUCGGCUACUGGCAGAGGGAGUCUGCACCAACGACAACAUCCCCAGUGUGUCUUCAAUAAACAGAGUACUCAGAAAUUUGGCCACUGACAAGCAGCAGAUAGGAUCUGAAGAAAUGUUUGACAAACUCAAGCUGCUCAAUGUGCAAACCACAUGGGGAGGACGAUCGGGGUGGUAUACCAGGACUACGAUCUCCAGCAGUGAUUGUCCUCAGACAGGUGGAGGCGAGACCAACAUAUCACUCAGUUCCAAUGGUGAAGACUCAGAAGAGACUCAGAUGAGGCUACAGCUCAAAAGGAAACUGCAGAGAAACAGAACAUCCUUUACACAGGACCAAAUAGAGGCACUUGAGAAAGAAUUUGAAAGGACUCACUAUCCAGAUGUUUUUGCUCGUGAACGUCUUGCAAACAAAAUAGACCUUCCUGAAGCAAGAAUACAGGUUUGGUUUUCAAACAGACGAGCGAAGUGGAGAAGAGAAGAGAAGUUAAGGAAUCAGCGUCGACAGUUGUCCAACUCCUCCAGUCAUAUUCCCAUCUGCAGCAGCUUUAGCACCCCUGCUUGCCAAUCUCUCCCGCAGCUGACUACACCAGUGUCCUUUCCUUCAGGAUCCAUUCUGACAAGGUCCGAUCAAGUUCUGUCCAACAGCUAUGGCCUACCGGCAGUGCCCAGCUUCAGCAUGGCUCCCAGCCUUCCCAUGCAGGCAUCAAACCAGACUUCCUAUUCCUGUAUGUUGCCUAACAGCCCCAGUGUAAAUGGUCGGAGUUAUGACACAUACAAUCCUCCACAUAUGCAGCCAAACUUCAGCAGCCAGCCAGUGCCGUCCUCCGCAACAUCGUCAACAGGUCUCAUUUCGCCCGGUGUCUCAGUUCCAGUCCAAGUUCCAGGAAGUGAAUCAGAAAUGUCACAGUAUUGGCCACGCCUCCAGUGA